AUGUCCGAUGAAACGAACGGCUCUGCUACCACCCCCACCAAGAAGCCCAAGCCUGAGCUGACGCCCGGUAGCGGCAAUAUCGUCAUCGAGUGCCACAUCAUCCUCGAGGUUGCAAAGGAGACGAUGCGCCUCGAGUUCUUCGAAGGUACUAACUCCAUGGCAGUGAGGGCGCUCAUUGGGAGCGGAAACUGUAUAAUUAUGACCCCUGAUGGGUACUUCUGGAUCGUGCUGAGAUCUCAGCCCGAGCAGCGCACCGUCACGCUUGUGUUCACCGUGCAGACGGAGGCGGACGGGUCAUUCAUGCCUCUCAAGGCGCUCUCGUCGGAUUACACAAAGAACAAUAUGAAAGUGCCGAAGUACGUGCAGUCCUAUAUGCUCCAUACCGAGGAUGGCGGUGACAAAGACUACCACGACAUGACGCUCGUUGUGACCGUGAUCUCGUGCACCAAGUGA